AUGGAGCUCUCCUCAGCCCCUCUCCACAAAGGGCAGCUACCCUGUAGGGGACUCCUGCUGACAGAGCCAGUGACUACACCCUCCAUCGAAGCCACCAAAUCUGAAGUCAAAGAACGAGACUCUGUGCACCUGACCUGCGACUUCAACUCCAGUGACUCUACAAUUGCCUACCGCUGGUUCCACAAUGGCAAGGGAAUGGAAUUCACAGACAGGGUAUUCUUAAUUCAAAACAGACUCCUCUCCAUAUCGCACACCAGGAAGGAGGAUUCUGGAGUGUACCAGUGUGAGAUAUACAAUGCAGUCAGUUCCAAGAGGAGUGACCCCUUCCAGUUGACCGUAAGACCCUUUCUUAUGAUCUACUGGAGCUCACCCAAUAAGCCCGAAGUUACUGUGGAGGCAGUUCCGCCCCACGUUGAUAAAGGGAAGAGUGUUGUUCUACUUGUCCAUGAUAUGCCAGAGAAAGUCAAAUCCUUUUUCUGGUACAAGGGAAAACAUAUUAGUGAGGAGAAUGAAAUUGCACGGUUUCUAAAAUCUGGUAGCAGAAUUCAAAAAGGGCCUGCAUACAGCGGCAGAGAGAAAAUAUACCAAAGUGGAUCCCUGGUCUUCCGGAAUGUCACUAAGAAAGAUGAAGGAGCCUAUUUGCUACGUAUGGAAACAGAAAACUUAAAUUUUAUGGCACAUGUGCACAUCCAUGUGAACCCUAAGUAA